UGGAAAAAGGAAGUUUUAUGUUAAUGGUGUGCUGCAGAAAAAAAAUUGAAAAGCAAACAUUUAAUCCUUGAAAAGUUGCUGUUUUUUAUUGAACGCUCAUGCUCUUGGUAGCACCCGUCUGAGUGGAACCUUUUUACCGGUAGGAGUAGGCGUCUUCGAUAAGAGAUACAGUGAAAAAAAACGCGUAUCGUUCGCUGCUGCAAUUGCGGCUCUCGUCUUGUUCGCGUGGCCGUGCCAGGAAUUGUUUGGUAAUGCUCCUUAAUCGCUAAUUGACCUCCGCGAGGGAUUCAUCUUCAUCUUCCACAUUCAAAAACCGUGCCCCACUUUUCGUAGCUGCUUUCAUUGUUUACUACCUGACCAUCAGCUAUCCGGCUCCCAGCAGUCAUGGAUGUUCAACAACUCGAGCUUUUGUGUAAGCAAUUCUACGAGUCUCAAGAUGCUCAGGCUAGAGCCGAAGCCGAGAAAGCACUCUACCUGUUUCAAGAAGAUCCAGAAGCAUUGCCGAAAUGCCAGCAGCUCCUAGAUCGGAGCAAUUCUGGCUAUUCUCAGCUAUUGGCUGCCACCACGCUGACCAAGCUGGUGUCGAAAAACAUACAAGCACUCAGUUUACAACAACGGGUAGAUAUAAGGAAUUAUAUUUUAAACUACCUGGCGACUCAUCCCAACCUGCAAUCAUUUGUUAUUCAGGCAUUGAUUGCACUGUUGGUUAAAAUUACAAAACUAUGUUGGGUUGAUAUAUACGAGGAAGAGUAUAUUUUCCGGAAUAUUGUCCAAGAUGUGAAGGAGUUUCUCGGUGGAUCCGUAGAGCAUUGUAUGAUCGGAGUGCAGAUACUUUCGCAACUGACUGUAGAGAUGAAUCAGCUAGCGGAAACAGCUUGUAAUUUAACCUUUACUAAGCACCGAAAAAUUGCAUGUCUCUACAGGGAUUCGCAGCUGUAUGACAUUUUCAUUUUGUCCUGCACCUUGCUCAGUCAAGCAAAGGAAAAUUGCUGCAAAAAUGCAAACUAUAUGGAUGAAGCCCAGCACGGAUUGUUUACGCAUUUGCUUAGUCUAGCGAGAAAUUGUCUCAGUUUCGACUUUGUCGGGACUUCCGCUGACGAAUCCGCCGAUGACAUGUCCACCGUGCACAUCCCAACAAAUUGGCGCCCAGCCUUUCUGGAAUCCGAUUCAGUAAAGUUGUUCUUUGAUUUAUAUCAUGUACUGCCUGUUCGUUUGUCCAGCUUGGCCUUGUCAUGUUUGGUCCAGAUUACUUCUAUUCGGAGGUCCAUUUUCAACAAUAGUGAACGCAUUAAAUUUCUCGCUAAACUUGUCAAAGGAGCCACGGAUAUCUUGAAAACUUCACACGGCCUUAGCGAUCCAGAGAACUAUCACGAGUUUUGCCGAUUGCUAGCCCGGCUUAAAUCAAACUUUCAGCUCGGUGAACUAGUGACCGUUGAAAAUUACCCGGAAGCCAUUCAAUUAAUUGCCAAAUUCACGGUCCAAUCUCUGCAGAUGUGGCAGUUUGCUCCAAAUAGUAUCCACUAUUUAUUGUCGCUGUGGCAGCGUUUGAUAGCUUCACUUCCCUAUGUAAAGUCCUCAGAGCCGCAUUUUCUAGAUACGUACACACCGGAAGUAACAAAAGCCUACGUGACUUCCAAACUGGAGUCGGUCCCAGUAAUACUGCGCGAAGGACUCGAAGAUCCGCUAGAUGAUACAGGAAUGGUUCAGCAGCAGUUGGAACAGUUUUCCACUAUUGGGCGCUGCGAAUACGAGAAAACCUGUGCUUUACUGAUUCAGCUAUUCGAUCAGACCGCCGGACGGUAUCAGGAAAUUCUUUCCACACCAGCAGCAGCCGUUAACAACCAUAUAGAUAUACAAAUCUGCGAAGGACAACUGACAUGGUUGGUUUAUAUCAUUGGGGCAGCCAUCAGCGGGAGAAUAUCUUAUUCGCAUGACGACCACGAUUUGCUGGACGGCGACAUGAUUAUCCGAGUAUUACAGCUGAUGACUUUGACAGACUCCCGGCUUCCGCAAUGCGGCUGCGAAAAGCUAGAGUUCGCUAUUAUGUGCUUCCUUGAGCAAGUUCGAAAAGUAUACAUCAACGAGCACCUCCAGAAGCUAAAGAUGUUCAAGAGGCUAAGCGAGGUGCUCGGUGUUAACGAUGAAACGACACUGUUAACCGUUAUCAGCAGAAAGAUAAUCACUAACCUGAAGUACUUUGGCCAUUCGGAGCAAAUUAUACGGAAAACGCUCACGCUGCUGAACGAUUUGACAUUGACAUUUAGCUCGAUUCGGAGACUGAUCAAAUUGGAUGAGAUUAAAUUUAUGCUGAACAAUCAUACGCGUGAACACUUUUCGUUUCUCGGCACUGGUGCCGUCAGCGCGUCGCGCUGUCGGAGCAUGUUCUACACCUGCCUUGGUCGGUUGCUUAUGGUAGACCUCUCCGAGGAUGUAGAACGUUUCAACACCUUUAUGAUGCCAUUGACAAACACCAUCGAGAAUAUGAUUAUGAUGAGUUUCCCCAGCGAGGAAGCCCGUAAGGAAUUGAUCGGGCUAUCCCGGGAUCUCCGGGGUUUGACGCAUGCUUUCAACUCUAAGGUUCCAUACAUGAUGCUGUUCGACUGGAUAUACCCUGACUAUUCGCCAAUUUUGAUUCGUGCCAUGGAACUUUGGGCUCACGAUCCGGCGGUGACCACUCCGGUCUUGAAAUUGUUCGCAGAGUUGGUUUACAAUCGUUCUCAACGGCUGCAGUUCGAUGUUUCUAGUCCCAACGCAAUUUUGCUGUUUAGGGAAACUUCAAAGUUGAUCUGUUGUUAUGGUGAACGGAUUCUGUCAUUAGAGGUACCGAAGGAGCAGAUUUACCCGAUGAAGCUAAAGGGUUACGCGGUGUGCUUUCAGAUGUUGAAAGCGAUUCUCAGCGGAAACUAUGUCAAUUUUGGCGUAUUCAAGCUGUACGGUGACGAUGCGUUGGACAACGUAUUGAAUAUGACAGCAAAAUUGAUCCUUUCAAUUUCGCACGACGACAUUUUGGUGUAUCCCAAAUUAUCGCAGGCAUACUACAUUUUGAUUGAGUGUCUCGCUCAGGAUCACAUCACUUACCUUUCCACGUUAGAACCACCCGUUUUUCUGUAUAUCCUAGAGAGUAUAUCGAAGGGCCUCAAUGCGCUGGACGUUAUGGUCGGUUCCGGUUGUUGUUCUACGCUAGACUCUAUUGUGACAUACAUUUUCAAACAGCUUCAGUUGAAAGAAAAACACAUGCUGCUGGUAACGACAUUCCCGAAUAAAAAGCUACGCCAGAAUGUCCUACCCGAAAAUAAUGUGUUCCUGAAGGUGAUGGAAAUGCACCCGGAAAUCCUGCAAAACCUUCUCUCCACGCUGCUGAACAUCGUAAUGUACGAUGACUGUAAAAAUCAAUGGUCGAUGUCAAGACCACUGCUGGUAUUAAUAUUGCUGUACGAGGAUUACUUUAGACAACUGCGAGAAAGCAUCAUACACUCGCAAUCGAUUGAAAAACAGCAAGCGAUGGUUUGUUUGUUCGACGCACUAAUGGAUGGUAUCGAAAGGAAUCUGCACGUUCGGAACCGUGACCGAUUCACGCAGAACCUAUCGGCAUUCCGCCGGGACCUUAAUGAUUCCUUCAAAUCCGCCAAUAGUUUGGUAAACAGCUCAUCAGUGAACGAAAUGUUUGACUAAACAUGUUCCUUGUUCUUGCGGAGGGACUAAAUGAAGCACUGUUGACUGCUCUUCGUGAUCCGCAUUUCCUAUGUUGAAAUUUUAUUUUCCGAAUCGGAAUUAUUCUGUUUUUUUUUACUUACCACGUCAAGCCAACAAUACAAAAUUAGAUGAAGUGAAUGCAUGGCAUGCCACAAGCCAACGCUAUACAGCACACAGAAUACAGAAAACAUUCGAUAGUUUUGAGAAAAUUUCCUCACAUUCUUCCCCAUGUUAUUUUAAUUUGUUUUUCACAGCUAGAUUCGUGCAUAUAUUUAUAGUACUUUAAUGGCUGCAGUGAAAGACUAAGCCAAAGUUUUAAAAUCUUUCGUCUGAGAAAAAGAAAUAGUUCGUUGUUACAAAAAAGAAGAAAAAACAACUUUAUAUAGCUGCUGCAAACAAAACAACAAGUCCGCAAAUUUUAGCAUGUAAGACAAGCAGCAAAACAUUUGAUGUAAUCACUUGUAGAGAAAGAAAAAUCAGUCCCCUGCUUAUAGGUUGGAAUUUUCUAUAACUGAAAAGUGUUUAACCUUAGAUAACAGAGCGUUAAGGAAGUGUGUAUUAUGCAAGCAAACUUUUUUUUUGUGCGUUAUAUGAUAUACACUUACACAAAACAAAAUCUAUUCGAUAGGUAUGAGAAGGAUAUAAGACAAAGAAACCAAUAAAAAUUAUUAUUGCUAGCGGGAGUAUUGCGUUUACACGGAUAGCUGUUGUAAUAUCUUUAACGAAACGAAGAAAAAAGUGCAGGAAACAAAUAGAAACUAUUAAACAAGCCGCAGAAUAGUGUGGAAAUUAAAUAGCCGAUAUUAGAU